UCUGUACGUACCGAAUAUUUUCUGGUAUAACGUGAUAAGAGAAGGCGGUAGAAUGAUCUAGACUCGGCAUAAAGAUGCUUGGUAUUAUUGUAUCUGGUCGGUUCGUGCAAACAGAUUUCCAGCAGAUAGGAGAAAAUCAAUUUUUAAUAACUGUUCCUGAUGCAGAUAACAUAAAUCACAUCGUGGUAUUUCUUACGGGUACUAUACCAUUUCCUGAUGGGACAGGUGGUGCAGUAUAUUUCAGCUGGCCAGAUUUAACUGCUCCACCAAACUGGCAAUUUCUUGGAUAUAUCUCGAAUGCUAAGCCAUCUGCUAUAUUCAAGAUAUCCACUUUAAAGAAAAAUCAUGAAUUUGAGAACAGCAACUUAGGAAUCUUUGGUGUGGGCAAGAUUUCCCAUGUUGCACAAAUAGGAGUUUCCGUGGAACCUAUUGUGGCCAUAGAACAACAGGCAGCCACAGUGACAGAAGCUAUGUCAAAUUCGUUUUUGGAAUUUGUUCAGAAGAUGCUUACUAGUUUUUUGAAUUAUGUAUCGAGUUUUUCGGUGACUCAAGCACAAAUGACAUCAAAUCCAACCGAAAACUUCGUACCUCUAUCAACUAUCCAGGGAUGGUACGAGACUUUUGAAAGGAGAUUGCAACAAAAUCCAAAUUUUUGGAAAGCAUGA